UCUUGUUGUGGUGCGCUGGUACUGGGAGGUCUUCCUUCACACUUCUGGAAAUAUCUGUGUUUUACUUUAGAAUUGAACUUUUUCUUUCUGUUAUUUGAGCCUUAAAUUCCGUACAAGCAAGCGUCGAAAACAAAGACAGCAACAUGGCGCAGUACAAAGGAGCUGCCAGCGAGGCCGGGAGAGCCAUGCAGCUGAUGAAAAAACGAGAAAAAGAAAGAGAACAGCUCGAGCAACUUAAGCAGAAGAUUGCAGAGGACAACAUGGUCAAAUCCAACAUUGAUAAGAAAUUCUCAGCUCACUAUGAUGCAGUAGAGGCAGAGCUGAAGUCCAGCACGGUUGGUCUGGUGACACUGAAUGAUAUGAAGGCCAAGCAGGAGGCGCUGGUGAAGGAGAGAGAGAAACAGCUGGCUAAGAAGGAGCAAUCUAAGGAACUCAUGCUCAAGCUUGAGAAGCAAAAAGAGAAGAAGAGAAAGGAGGAGCAGAAGAGGAAAAUAGCCAGUUUAUCGUUUAAUCCAGAAGACGAAGGAGAAGAGGAGGAGGAAAAUGAAGAGGAAGAGCAGGAUUACUCUCCAGUUAAGAAGAAGAAACUGGGGAAAAAUCCAGACGUGGACACGAGUUUCCUUCCUGAUCGAGACAGAGAGGAGGAGGAGAAUCGUCUCCGAGAGGAACUCAGGCAGGAAUGGGAGCUCAAACAGGAGAAGAUUAAGAGUGAGGAGAUUGAAAUUACAUUCAGCUACUGGGAUGGCUCUGGACACCGUAAGACUGUCAAGAUGAAGAAGGGAAAUACCAUCCAGAACUUUCUGCAGAGGGCUCUGGAGGUCCUCAGAAAGGACUUCAGUGAGCUCAGGUCUGCUGGAGUAGAGCAGCUGAUGUACAUCAAAGAGGAUUUGAUAAUCCCACAUCACCACAGUUUUUACGACUUCAUUGUGACCAAAGCCAGAGGCAAAUCUGGUCCUCUUUUCAGCUUUGACGUCCACGAUGACAUUCGACUGGUGAACGACGCCACUGUGGAGAAAGAUGAGUCUCAUGCAGGUAAAGUGGUGCUGAGGAGCUGGUAUGAGAAGAACAAGCACAUCUUCCCUGCUAGUCGCUGGGAGCCGUACGAUCCUGAGAAGAAAUGGGACAAAUAUACGAUCCGGUGAAACGUCUGUCUUCUCCACUCUUGCAUCCUUGAUGCAAAUGUUUCUCUGUUGAUGUUAUUUUACUCUGCUAUAACAUAUUUCAUCAAUGCUUUAUCAAGAUUUGAUAGACUAUUGAUUCAUGAUUUUACUAGCUAUUUGAAAUACUAGUUGUCCCAAAUGUAUUUGAUUGGCCAGAGUAAUGAUUCCUGUGAAAACAACCCCACAUUUGUAUGUAUAUAGCUCAUAAACAUGUUGUAGCAUCUGUGCUUAAUAAAAUGAACAUGGCUGUGA